UUUAUAGCCCUAUCGCCGCCGCUGCGCAGACCUUCUCUUCCCCUUCCCCCACCCAGCCUCUCUAGGGUUUAUCGGCGGCGGCGGCGACGGCGAAGAUGGUGCAGCGCCUGACUUACCGGAAGCGUCACAGCUAUGCGACCAGGUCCAACCAGAUCCGGGUCGUCAAGACCCCAGGUGGUAGGCUCGUUUACCAGUACACCAACAAGAGGGCGAACGGGCCCAAGUGCCCCGUGACCGGAAAGAAGAUCCAGGGGAUUCCACACUUGAGGCCUGCUGAGUACAAGAGGUCCAGGUUGUCUAGGAACCGCAGGACUGUGAACCGUCCUUAUGGUGGAGUGCUCUCUGGAACUGCAGUCAGGGAGAGGAUCAUCCGUGCUUUCCUGGUUGAAGAGCAGAAGAUUGUCAAGAAGGUCCUGAAAAUACAGAAAACCAAGGACAAGACAGCCGCAAAGUAGAGCUCCUGAAAUGGAAGUGUAACGCUGUUUUGUACACAACGAAAAGGAUUUUUUAUGGUGGAUGAUGAAAAAUCUAGUUGCCUUCGUGUUAAAUGUUUAGUAUGGGAGAGACAUACCUGUUGAGUUUAGAGUGUUUCAAAUCCUUUCAUCUUUUGUUUGGAGUACCAGGACAUCUGUUCCUCAAGUUGCUUUGUUAUGAAUUCUGAUCAUAUUUAGGAACUGUCAGGUAGCCGAAUUCACCUAUUGGUUUGUAGCAAUCUUUUCUUCUGUGAUC